UGGCAACAAAUACGAAGAAGAUUUAGCAUUUGCGCUGUUUGAGCGAGCAUCUUUGCAGAAAUCUGAAUUCAAGCUGGCCUCAGAAAUGAAGGACGCUGGAAAAUUCGAUGAUGUGGUCAUAAUUUUCGAAGAACCGAAGGAAGUGUGGUUUUUCCAAGCCAAACACAAAGACAACUCAGAUGGUACAAUAUCGUUCGACAAUUUGUUUCCGAAGACGUGUAAAGGUAAUAAUGAUUUUGCUAUUAUCAAGUACAUACAGUCGUAUUUAGACGUUAUUCAAAAAGAUGAGUUCAAGGAGUUGAAGAUGCGAUUUUUUAUCUUAACCAAUAAAUCAUUAGACGAUAGCAAUAGUCAGCUUAAAGAGUUGGUGGACAUCGAGGACUGUGAACAAGGUGAAGUGAACCCAAUAAUGAAGUUUGCUGAAUCGAACGAUUGCUACAAAAGAUUCAGACCAAAAAAGGAUAAAAUUGAAGAUUUACUGAAGUUGAUGAACACCGAACUAAAUGCCAUUAGGGAUGCGAUCAUUGAACUCUUCAAAAGUGGAAAAGUUUCGGACAUACUAAUCAGCUACAAAACACCGUUGCAGAAGAUCCUGGAAGUUUCAGAUAAAAAUCUAAAGCUCUCCGAGGACGGUGGUCUCACCCAUGAAUGGUUGCACAAUGAGCUACUAAAGGGUAUUGAUGAGAGAUUAAUAGCAGAAAAUACAACGAUUAAAAAUUUUAUGAAUGGUAAAUCUAGGAACACCCAACUACCAGCCUAUUUAAAUGAAGAUAGCGUGAGCAAGUUCUUUCAGCAUUUAACUUUCUGUGUAAACCAACCAAGUGAUCUUAUAAAAACCAUCGAGAAUGAUCUUCGCUCAUGGAUGAGAGAUUGGAUUCCACCGGACGAUCUUGGAAAAGCACAAUUAAAACUGCCUUUCUUUAAAUUUAAUGAAUGUUUUAAAAAUUGGAUCAAUUCUAAUAGUUACAAGGAUACAAAAAACAAUAAGCCAGAAAAGAGUUACUUAUCUUAUAAAGAGGGACGCUCUUGUGUCGAAGAAAUAACGGUAGAACUGAGUCGUAAUUUUUCACAACGUAAAUAUAUUGGAAGCUCGUACAUAGAAAGAAAAUUAAUUGAUGACAAUCUUAUUGUUAGCGACCAUGAUUUCAUCAAACGAUUGAUAGACGACCCAGCAGAAAACAAAUUUUCUCUCUUCAUCGGAGAGCCUGGUAUGGGAAAAACAACUAUCCUCCAACACAUUGCCUUCGAAGUUCAAAAGAAGUCCGAUAUUGAUGUGUUCUUGAUAUAUUUGAAUAACUUAAAGGAAGUGCUCAAAUCAGGCUGUGAAAAUUUAGAAGCGGUUUUCAAAAUUCUGCAAUCGACUCUUUCAGAAGCAAGCCGGAAAAUAUUGAGAAACAAUCUAGAAAGCAACGCAAAUCGAACAGAAUCGAUAAUCCUGUUUGAUGGGUUCGAUGAGAUCACUUUUCAUAACGAGGCAAUCGCCGUAUUUAGGCAAUUAUUGUCAAAGGAGAAUAUUCGAGUGAUUGUUAGUGGUAGAUAUCAUGUCAAAGAUAUUCUUGAAACAAAAUUUAAAACAAGGGCAAUCAGAUUGAUUCCAUUUGAAAACGAUGAACAAAUUAUGGUUUUGAAAAAUUCAUGGAAAGCUUCCGAUGAUUCAAGGGAAUUUAAAAUUUAUUCAACUCAAUUGCUCGAAAAAUUCUACUCGGACAUACAAAGCUUUGACUCUGAAUUCUUUGGUACUCCACUUUUAAUUCGAUUGUUGGCGGAAGUAUAUUCUGAUGAUUUCCAACAAUAUUUAAAUACCGUUCCAGAUAAACGUGCACCAGAUAUUUUCCCGAAAGAAAAAUUUAAUGUUGUCUCAUUGUUUAAAAAGUUUGUAGAAUUUUCGUUUCAAAUCAAAUGGAAGAAAAAAAGAGAUCAAGAUGCUUACCGAAAUAUCGACAUGUCAAGUGAUGACGAAGAGCGCCGGCAGUUGAAAUACUUUACUAUUGAGCAUCAAAUAGCUGCUUGGCACGAGAUUUUUGCGGAUAAACAUAAGGAAAUAAUCGCAUCGGGUAAACACGAAAAACGUUACAACGAACUUCAAACCCGAAUCAAACAGGGAAACGAGCACUCUCCUCUAUUUAAUAUUUCCGAAGGCAAGCUUAGAUUCGUACACCGAUCCUAUGCCGAAUUUUUCGUUGCAACGUAUAUAUAUAGUCAUAUCCAAAAAUGCAAAGCAAUUUUGGACGAAGUACUUGUUUAUCAUAAAACAGUUCGAAGAUUUUUCUUUAUGCUAACUGAAGAACAGUUUUCAGAACAAUCAGAGCAAAUGAUUGCUCUGAGCGAUAUUUGUAAAGAAAAACCUGAGGUUGCAUUCUGGGCAUGUAAAGCAAAUGUUGUAAAAGUAGUGAAGGGGUUACUUCAAAAGAAUGAUUACAAAACUAAAACAUACAAAGAAUACGGAUCGUUAUUGCACACUGCGUCGCGUGCUGGUCAUUAUGAGAUGGUUUUAUUUCUACUUGAUUAUGGCAUAGAUGUGAAUUUGAUGGCCGUGGUUAAAGAAUUAAACUUUGAUGCAUGCUCCAAUAAAAGUCCGCUGCACAUGGCUAGUGAGAUGGGUCAUCUAGAAAUUGCUAAACUUCUCCUCGAUCGAUCUGCCAACGUGGAUCAUCAGGAUGAAGAUAAUAAAACACCUCUCCACUAUGCAAGUGAACUGGGGCAUCUAGAAAUUGUUGAACUUCUCCUCGAUCGAUCUGCCAAGGUGGAUCAUCAGGAUGAAGAUAAUAUAACACCUCUCCACUAUGCAAGUAGAAAUGGGCAUCUAGAAAUUGUUAAACUUCUCCUCGAUCGAUCUGCCAAGGUGGAUCAUCAGGAUGAAGAUAAUAAAACACCUCUCCACUAUGCAAGUGAAUGGGGGCGUUUAGAAACUGUUAAACUUCUCCUCGAUCGAUCUGCCAAGGUGGAUCAUCAGGAUGAAGAUAAUAAAACACCUCUCCACCAUGCAAGUGGAUCAUCAGGAUGA